CAUUGCAUUCAUUUGUCAUAUGUGUUGCAUUUGAGUUGUUUUUCAUAAUAACAAUGCAUUUGUUGUAUUUGCCAAUUGAUUUAAUAAUAAUUCAGUUGAAGACAAGUCCAUCAUUGGGACGCACGCUUGACAUUUGAAUGGCGAGCUGCCCAGUGAAGGGCUGUUGUUUAACUGACUGUCCAACCAUUACCCUAACCAGCAAUGCAUUGAUUUUAUAAUGUCAAAGAAUGAGGUGUUUGAUGAUCAAGAGUGGUAUUGGGGAGACAUAUCCAGAGAAGAGGCCAAUGAGAAGCUAAAGGACACACCUGAUGGCACUUUUCUUGUAAGGAAUGCCUCCGAUAAAGGUUCCGGUGAUUAUACACUGACAUUAAGGAAGGAUAGCACUAAUAAAUUGAUAAAAAUUUGUCACAAAAAUCAAAUGUUUGGCUUUUCUGAUCCGUUAAGAUUCAAAUCUGUUGUCGAACUAAUCAAUUAUUACCGCAAAGAAUCUCUCAAAGACUAUAACCACACAUUAGAUACCAAAUUAUUAUAUCCGAUCUCAAGGUUUAGCCAAACAGAAUGUGAUGACAUCGAAACAAACGAUAUCUCGAAACUUAAGUUCAAAUUGAAUGAAAUUGUCAAAGAGUUUCAAAAUAAGACGGAAUCAUAUGAUCAAUACAACGAUGACUAUAAUCGGACGGCACAACAGAUACAAAUGCAAAGACAAGCUUUGGAGUCGUUUAAAGUUUGCAUUUCAUUGCUUGAACAGCACAUCGAGAUUAACACCAACCUUCAUGAAGAGUCGUUACAACACGAAAAAGAGUCGAUGAAAGACCACAACUGUAAAUUGAAAUACAAAUUAAAUGCUUUAAUUAAAAGCAGAUCAGAUUUAGACAAAGAAUUGAAAAACUCGACUGCUUUGCAUCGUUUGGUCGAUAGAGAGAUGAAUUCAAUAAAACCAGUGCUCCAGCAAUUGGGUAAACAGAGGACAAUCCUACAAAAAUUAUUAGAUGCCAAUAGUGGCGGAUCUCUGCCUCAUCACAACACUAGUGCCUGGUUUGUUAGAGACUGUAGUCGAGAUGAUGCAGAAAAUUUGCUUAAAGAGCGACGCGACGGCACAUUCCUCAUCAGAAAUAGUCGACAAGAAGGACAGUAUGCACUGUCUAUAGUCAAUGAUAACAAAGUAUGCCAUUGUCUUAUACAUCAUAAGGAACAGGGGUUUGGAUUCGCCGAACCCUUUAAUAUAUAUCCAUCGCUGUUAAGUCUAGUUCUUCAUUACGCUCAGACCUCACUUGAAGAACACAAUGAUUUACUUCACACUACUCUCGCAUAUCCUGUUUUUGCCAACAAUUCUGUAAAUAAUGGAAAGUAAUUCUAGUUUGCUAUCUAUUGUAUUAUUAUUAU